UUGGACGUAGUAUUCAUCUGAAUUUAAAUCAUACUUUUGUUUGUGCUUUUCAUAAUAUUUUCCACCUUGUCCAUAAAUAAACUAUUUUUUAACCUAAAAAGAAGUUUAAUUAUUAGUAAAUUAUUAUUAGAUAUUCCACAUGUCACAAUACCAUUGGCCCCUGGAAAAAAUUCACAAGAAUUUCAAUAUCACACUUAAUGGAUAAGCUUAUGAUUUUAUUUUUCCAUGUAAUCCACAGAACCCUCACUUUCCUUACGACAACAUCACUCACACUCAUUUUCCUCUGAAUAUUUAUUCAUUCAUUCUUCUCCGAAAAUCUCAUCCCAUGCCGGAAAAUUUCUAACUCCGGCCACCACUCUCUCUUUUCCGAUGGCCACCGUAACUUCUUCAUUCUCCUUCUCAACACUCACUCAAUCUUCUCAAAACAAACAACUAACCUUUUCUUCCACUCGCUUCCUUAGUUCCGAUUCAGAUACCGUUCGCUUCCGUUUUAGCUUAUCGUCAAACUAUGUUGGAGUUCGAACUUCCAAUUCCAUUUCCAAAAUGGUUGUUCGGUGUUCCUCUUCUGUUUCAGACCCUCCAACUGUUUCUGAGACAAAGUUAAAUUUUCUCAAGGCAUAUAGUCGACCAAUACCUAGUAUCUACAAUUCCGUGCUGCAGGAGCUCAUUGUCCAGCAACAUCUGAUGAGAUACAAGAAGUCAUACCGUUAUGAUCCUGUAUUUGCUCUUGGCUUUGUCACUGUAUAUGACCAACUCAUGGAAGGGUAUCCUAUUGAUGAGGACAGCGAUGCCAUCUUCAAAGCAUACAUUAACGCAUUGAAGGAAGAUCCAGACCAAUACAGAGUAGAUGCACAGAAGUUGGAAGAUUGGGCUCGUGUUCAAAAUUCAACUUCCUUGAUUGAGUUUUCAUCCCGAGAAGGAGAAGUUGAGGGGUUUCUAAAGGAUAUAGCAGAAAGAGCAGGUGGAAAGGGCGAUUUCAGUUAUAGUCGUUUCUUUGCAGUAGGACUUUUUCGUCUUCUUGAGUUGGCAAAUGCAAUGGAACCAACAAUUUUGGAAAAGCUUUGUGCAUCUUUGAAUGUCAACAAAAGAAGUGUGGAUCGAGACUUGGACGUGUAUCGCAAUCUGCUUUCCAAGUUGGUUCAAGCUAAAGAGCUGCUGAAAGAAUAUAUUGACAGGGAGAAGAAGAAAAGAGAAGAAAGGACUGAACCACAAAAGGCUAACGAGGCCAUUACAAAAUGUUUGGGACAGGACCGAACUUUUGAUAUGAUCACAAGUUAAGAAUUCAGUUUCCUUGACUUACCUUUUGUUUGUUCUGGACAUUGGAUAUCAGAAUGAGGCACUUAUAUCAUCUCGGUUUCGCAUACUAUACUGUAUGUAUUUGUUGUAUCUUUUAUGAUGGGUAUUCAGGUAACUUGUUUCAGUUUAAACACAAUUAAUUUACCCGUUCAACACAAUCUUAUAUAUUCUUUUCUUACAUGUAUUUUUUCUCUUGUUCAUUGGUA